AUGUCGCAAAUCGUUAGUGAAUUCGUCUACUUCAAGGUGAAGCGCAGCGUGAGGCCCGAGGAUCACAAUAGCGAAGAGGGCCGAGCACUUCGUCAAGUUUUCGACGUCACUAAACACCAGAGCGGCCACUCGAGCUCCGCAUGGGGCCGCACUGUUGAGGAUCCAGACAUACUUGUCUGGGUCAUUGACUGGACUGACGCGCGCGGGGCAACAACAGCUGGGAAGCUAGAGCCAUUCCUAGCUCCAAAUCCACAGCCACCAUUGGCGCUCUAUACCAUACUGCAACCUGCCAUCACUGGCACAGAUACUCUCACUGCCAACCCGAUGACAGAGCUAGCGGCACUCCCAUUCCCUAGCAACAUGACCGUGGCCGAGACCAAGGCGUUGAACACAGAUAUGCUCAACUUCCGCACAGCCAUGACUGAAGGAAUAGCACAAGAGAUAGCGCCGCAAUCAUGGGCCAUGGGCCAUGUUGACCGACCUGGGACGAUAGAACACAAGGAAAGUCCAACUGGACAGGCAGUGAUCAGGCUCUUGGUCAUUGGGUGGACGAGCUUGCAGGCGCACAAAGAUGCGAGAGAGACGGACCAAUUCGUAAGAACUAUUCAGCCUCUUCAGCAGAGGAUGUUGCCGCCCGUUCCUGGAUUGGAGAUGAAGCAUGUUAGUUUCCAAAAGAUUUGA